AUGGGAGUUUUAUCAGGAACAGAAAUCAAAAAAUAUUUGGAUGAAAAAAAACUCAAGGUUGAACCAAAUAAUGAUACUUUUAUUGGAACAGCAAGUAUAGAUUUAACGCUUGGCAAUGAAUUUAGAUAUUUUAUUCAUAGUAACGGUCCAGUGCAAAUUAACAAUUCAGCAAGAGCAAAUGAUUAUCAAAAUUUUUCUAGUCCAUUAACGUUAGAAGAUGAUGUGCCAUAUUAUCUUGGACCUGGUCAAAUGUGUUUGGGUAUUACAAAAGAAAAGGUUCAAUUACCACCAAAUUUAUGUGCUUUAGUAGAGGGCAGAUCAAGAUUUGCAAGGUUAGGAUUAUCGGUGCAUAUAACGGCUUCUUUUAUACAUCCUGGUUCACACAAUCAGACAGUACUUGAGAUUUUUAAUGCUUCAAGCUUAACAUUAGCUUUAUACCCUGGAACAAAAGUUUGUCAGAUGAUUUUUAUGACUAUGGAAGGAAGUGCUGAAUAUAAUGGUGAAUUCCAAGAGCAAGCACUAUUAUGA